UGUUUGCACACUACCUAUUGCGUCCUCCUCCAACACGCACGUCUUUGCUGAACGCGCUUUUAAAGUUUUUGCAGCUACAGAUAAUAACUUUGGGAGAUUACAACAUGUGACCACGCUGUAGUUUGAAUGUUUUAUUUUUUUCAUUUUCUGCUUGAAUUCUGUUGUUUUUCACUUUGAUGUGAAACUUGUUUAUGAAGCUGUCACAGUAUUACCCAGGUUCAUGUGCACAGUAGUACAUGGACUACAGGUGGGUGAUUAGAGAGAGGGGGGGAGGUGUUUGUCUCGCGGAUUGACGUCAGUCCUCCUGUCUCACACAUGGAUCUGUGCACGGUGUGUCCGCCUCCUGCAGCCCGGGCUCCGCACUGAGACGCUUCAUUCUGACAGCUUUUAUUUUGUUUUGGGUUUUUUACUGAGAGUUGUGCAGAGCCGCGGACCUCCUCUACAACACCAGCUGGUUCUUUUUAAACAUUUAUAUUUCAUUCUCCUCUUGUGGUUCCUGUGGCUCCCAAUGCAAGGAGGCGUGAUGGAGAAAAUGUCCCGACAUCCCAACGCCGGCUUCCUUCCUCCUCCAGCGACGCACGGCGUGCUGAAGUCUCUGCUGGAGACCCCGGUGAAGCUGCCGCUGCAGCAUGAAGCUUUCAGCAAAGAGCAGGAGAAGGAGAAGAACCUGGAGGAGGAGCGCAGCGUCCCCCAGUCAGCCUUCCUGGGCCCCACGCUGUGGGACAAGACGCUGCCCUACGAUGGAGACACCUUCCAGCUGGAGUACAUGGAUCUGGAAGAGUUCCUGACUGAGAACGGUAUCCACUCCAACCCCUCCCAGCACCACCACAACCACAGCCAGCACCAACCACACGCUCCGCCUCGCCGGCCGCCAGUCUUGUCCCGAGCCCCGCCCACGUCGACGCCCUCAGGGAUGGACCUCAGCAACCGCGUCAUCUCGCCGAACUGCCUGCACAGCAGCACCGCGAGAGCAGGCCUCCCGGAAACCAGAAACACCCCCAGCCCGAUCGACCCGGACUCCAUCCAGGUUCCCGUCGGCUACGAGCCGGACCCGACCGACCUGGCUCUGUCCAGCGUGCCGGGCCAGGAGAUGUUCGACCCGCGCAAACACAAGUUCUCUGCCGAGGAGCUGAAACCUCAGCCCAUGAUCAAGAAAGCUCCCAAGAUCUUCAUCUCGGAGGACCUGAAGCAGGACGACAGAUACUGGGCCCGGCGCAGGAAGAACAACAUGGCGGCCAAACGUUCCCGGGACGCCCGGCGGAUCAAAGAGAACCAGAUCGCCAUCCGAGCAAGUUUCCUGGAGAAGGAGAACUCGGCGCUGAGACAGGAAGUGGGCGAGCUGAGCAAAGAGCUCGGACGCACAAAGAACGUCCUCGUGAAGUACGAGACGCAGCACGGCCCGCUGUGAGGACGCGCUCACAAAUAUAGAAAUAUAUACACACACACCAGCGACCCUCUUCGUCCCGAUGACUCGGAGCUGGAGACGAAGAGAACUUUUAAAUAAACUUCUCACGGCGCUGCACGUUAUUCUGUGGACCAAUUAGAUCACAACGUGCGUUUUAGUCCUCAAACACAAACAAUCUGUUCAAAACAAAUGUGAGAUUUAAUAAUCAGAAUAUUUAAGUUCUUCUUUGUGAGUUUGUGAGUUUUGUUCUUGUAAAUGUUCGACUUUGUUCUAAGAGAAUAUCUGACGUUUCUCCUCUUGUGACAUAACCUCAAAACAACGUAUUUUAAACAUCGGCCAAUGAUCAGAUCUCCCCCACACUCCCGACAAUUAGAUUUUCUACCUUGAGAUAUAUUUAUGUUUGGAAAAGUAGUUCAAACAAACAGGAGGAAAGAGUGCGUUUGUUGGGGACUACUUUCAGCGGCGGAUUGAUCCACAGUGAGACGCUUCAUCAGUUAUUCACUAAAUCUGUUCAAACAUAAAACCCUGAAACAUAUUCAGGACUAUAUACUUAUAGAAUAUCUGCAGACUUCUACUUUAAGACCCGCCGACGCCUCGCUCUCUUCCCACAAUGCACCUGUUCACAGGUACACCUGCUCUGUGUAUAAACCGCCAAACCCUCAAAUAUUCUC